GGAGGGGGCGGGCUCGGCCGGCGGAUCCCGGCUCCCGGCUGCGGCUCCCGGCUGCGGCUCCCGGCUCCGCCAUGGUGGUGCCGGCGCGGCGAGUGAAGACGGAGUACAUGAAGCGCUUCAAGGAGCCCAAGUGGGAGUCGUGCGGCGCCUGCUACCUGGAGCUGCUGCACUACCGCCUCAGCCGCCGGCUGCUGGAGCAGGCACACCGGCCCUGGCUCUGGGACGGCUGGGAGCAGGACAGCGGCAGCGGCGGCGGCAGCACCGCCGGCUCCCCCUCGCCGCCGGGCGCCGGCAGCCCCGCGGCCCCGCGGGAGGAAGAGGAGGCGGCGGCGGCGGGAGCGGCAGUACCGAGCGAGGCGGGACGGGCGAGCCCCGAGAAAGAAAAAGAAGACCAAGAAAAGCAGGAGAAGGAAGAGCAAGAGAAAGCUGUAGAACAUGCUCCUGUAAAGGAAGCAGACAAAACCAACCGUACAGGACGACGUCCAAGUCGAAGUGCCUUGUCCAGUCGUAAUGAUCGAAAAUCAGCCAAAAGUCCCCAAAGGACAGAUGCACCAAAGGAGAAUAAACAUCCAUUUGCUCUGUAUGGGUGGGGAGAAAGACAGAUGGAUACUGGGAGCCAGAAAACUCACAAUGUCUGUGCUUCUGCUUCAGUGAAUGAGAUUCACGAAUCUGCUCUACGAGCAAAGAACAGGAGACAAGUGGAGAAAAGGAAGCUUUCUCAGAGGCGGGUGCGGUCGGCAGAGGCAGAAAACACUUGGCGAACAAAGCCCUCCCCAGCAGACAACCCCUGGAUGACAGAGUACAUGAGAUGCUACUCAGCAAGAGCUCUCUGAACCUGGAUUCCCUUAGGCAUCCUCAGAAGAAGUUACGCAUAUCAGGACACUGGUGCAAGGAACCAAACCACUUAUGCAAGGUUUUUAUAGGGAGUUUCCAGCUGUUAAAAUAUUUGUUACAAUGUUUUUAUCUUGGCUACCUACCUCACAGUGGGGUGUAUUCUUGGAGCCAUAACAUUUGAAGAGGCUUUUAGAUAUAACUACCCAAACUUUUAAACAAUUCCCCUUUUGGGAAUUUUUCUAAUGCUUCAGUUAGUUUGUUUUGAGGGUGGGAGGGGGAACCUUAGCAUAAAGGGAGUCAGAACAAACACUUUUUUGAUCAUGGUUUCAAAUAAUCUGUAAUUCCCUUAUUUAAAGUAUAAGUCAUGGGGAGAUGGUAUUGGGGAAAGACUUUAAAGGAGUGAUGGAGGUGCCUUUGUAUUUAUAAAACUAUAUAACACUUUUAUGAAAAUAAGCAUAUGAAGACAGGUGACAGGAAGCCAAUGUUUCUGGUAAUUAACACUAAUAAGUGUAGAUGCUUUAGGCGGGCAAAUACCAAGUAUUGUCUAUACACAGAAACUUUAAAAACAACAAAAAAACCCAAACAAAACCAACCUUAUUUGAUUAGUAAAUCUGCUGAUGCUGACUUUUAUCACUGUUUCUAAGAUCAUUAGAAUAAACCACUCAUUUUCAGGGCAAGAAACAGUUACAGGAUCAUUUUGCUGUAGCUGUUCCUGUUGUACCAAAUAACUAAUGUAGACAAUCAUACAAACAGUUAUUUGUUCACAAAUAUAGAGUUGUACCACUGUACUAACCUUGUGGUCACACUUAGUUUGUACUUAAUCAUGUAAAUGCAUUUAUUGAAGGAGAGGGCUGGCUCCUUUCUGGUGAGGUCUAUUUUUAACACUUCAGAGAAUCUAUUAUGCUCAGUGGGGGUCAGAGUGCAAUAUGCAUUCCCCUUGGAGGUAUUGUACAAGUAUACAGUUAAAGGGUUUAAACUUGAAAAUUAUGUUGAUAAAACUUGUAGAUGAUGUCCUGAGAAACUUGCUGCCUCUUGAAAUUGGUGCAGAACCCCUCACUUACGGGGGGAAUGGGGAAGGGGGUAAGGGCUAGGGAAAGGAGGGGUGUAACCUUUAGUAAACAAGAACAUAUAAUGAAGUUUGAACAUUUUUGUUUCGUAGGUCCUACUUCUACACAGUAAGACAGUCAUUGUGAUAUCCUUGGUGGUUUUGUUUCGCUCAGGUGGCUGUAAAUUAUCUUUUUUUCAGUUUGCUAAUUAUGCUUUAGGCAGAUGAUUGCUGUAGUUGUGAGCUUCAAAGUUUUGUUCAAAUCUGUUGUGUGUUAGUUACGUGUGUUGGUUAUCUCGGUUUAAUUGUUUUGAAGCUUGUGUUUUACAGGCUGGACACGUUCCCACAGGAUGCAUACUUGCACUUCUGCAGCAGAAACCUGCACUAGUUUUAGCUUCAUUCCACAAUCUCAGUAAGGAGGACUCUAGAAUUACUAUUGCAACAGAGUACACACACGUAGUGAAAAGUCUGAUUGUGUUCUUGAAGAAAGUAAUUGUGUGAAGGGUCCAAGCACUGCUGCCUCCUAGUGUCUAUUACAUCACUAUAGAUUUUAUUACUCACAAUUUUGAU